UCUUUCUUUCUUUCUUCUCAGAUCUCCCCUUCCUUCUUCAUUCUUUUGUUUUCCUCGUGUCGUUGUACUCUCAUUCUUCGACGAUCUCUCCAUCGACCGUGUUUGGUUCUGUUUACUUGAAGAUGGACGAAGUGUGGUUCUGAGAAAGGCAAAACAGUCGAGUGUCUUCUUGUUUCGAGGGCAAAAGAAGUGGAGGUCAAGAAAGAGAGGCUAAAGAUGUAUGGAGACUGUCAAGUGCUGUCAUCCAUGGUGGGAGGCAACGUUGUGUCACCCGAUUCGCUCUUCUCCUCUUCGAUCCAAAAUCCUAGCCUCAGCUUCAUGGCUAACAUGCCACCAUUCCAUGCCUUCUCCUCCAUCAUUCCGAAGGAGGAAGGGAUGAUGUUGAUGGGGAGGGGUGGGAGCAAGGAAGAGGAGAUGGAGAGCCGCUCUGGUAGCGGACCCCUGGACGGAGUGCUCAGCUGCGGCGAGGACCACGACAACGAGUUGCAGCAACCGCCGCCGCCGUCGCAACUGCAGCAGACGGCUGCGAAGAAGAAGCGUUACCACCGCCACACCGCCCGGCAGAUUCAAGAGAUGGAAGCGAUGUUUAAGGAGUGCCCUCACCCGGACGAGAAGCAGAGGAUGAAGCUAAGCCAUGAACUCGGCCUUAAGCCUCGCCAGGUCAAGUUCUGGUUCCAGAACCGCCGGACUCAGAUGAAGGCUCAACAAGACCGGGCGGACAACGUGGUGCUGCGGGCGGAGAACGAGAGCCUGAAGAACGACAACUUCCGGCUGCAGGCAGCCAUUCGCAACGUCGUCUGCCCCAGCUGCGGCGGCCCGGCCAUCCUCGGCGAGAUGUCCUUCGACGAGCAGCAACUGCGCAUCGAGAACGCCCGGCUCAAGGACGAGCUUGAGCGUCUAUCCUGCAUCGCGUCGCGUUACAGUGGCCGGCAGUUGCAGCCAUUAGGGCCGGCACCGCCUCUACUGCUCCCCUCUCUUGACCUUGACAUGGGCAUCUACUCCAGACACUUCCACGAGCCGCCGGUGGUGAGCUGCACCGACCUGAUCCCCAUCCCGCAGAUCUCCGAUGAGCCCUCGCCGUUCCCUGGCAUGCUCAUCAUGGACCAAGACAGGCCAUUGGUUCUCGACCUGGCAAUGACGGCAGCAGAUCACCUGGUCAGGAUGUGCAACACGAACGAGCCGCUGUGGAUCCGAAGAGGUGGUAGCACCGUGGAGGUCUUGAACUUGGAAGAGCAUGCGAGGAUGUGUCCAUGGCCGAUGGAUCUGAAACAGCAACAGGGGCGGUUUAGGACGGAGACUUCCAGGGACAGUGCCAUGGUCAUAAUGAACGGCAUCACAAUGGUGGAUGCCUUCCUGGAUGCAAACAAAUGGAUGGAGCUGUUUCCUUCCCUUGUCGCAAAGUCCAGAACGGUGCAGGUUUUGAGUCCCGGAGUUCCCGGCCACGGCAAUGGCUGCUUGCAUCUGAUGCAUGCAGAGCUGCAAUUUCUAUCUCCGUUGGUGCCCGCCCGUGAAGCUCACUUCUUCCGGUACUGCCAGCAGAACUCAGAAGAAGGCACUUGGAUUAUAGUCGACUUCCCCGUUGAUGGAUUCCGAGAUGGCAUUCAAAGCCCCUUCCCCUGGUAUAGAAGGAGGACUUCUGGUUGCGUCAUCCAAGAUAUGCCCAAUGGGUACUCCAAGGUGAUCUGGGUAGAACAUGCAGAGGUGGAGGACAAACCAGUGCAUCAGAUAUUCCAGCAAUUUGUCAGCGCCGGUGAGGCAUUCGGAGCUACACGCUGGGUUUCAGUCCUACAAAGGCAAUGUGAGCGGCUCGCGAGCCUUAUGGCGAGAAAUAUUUCUGACAAUGGAGUUAUCUCAUCUCCGGAGGCGAGAAAGAACAUGAUGAGGCUGUCACAGAGAAUGAUAACAACAUUCUGCACCGGCGUGUAUGCCUCUGGAAUGCAGUCAUGGACGGCGCUCUCGGAUUCUUCCGAUGACACGGUCCGGGUGACAACUAAGAAAAAUACUGCACCCGGCCAGCCAAAUGGGGUUAUUCUCACGGCAGUGUCCACCACAUGGCUUCCUUCCUCCCAUCACCAGGUGUUUGAGCUUUUGACGGACGAGCAAAGGAGGUCUCAGCUGCAGUUGGAUGUGCUCUCCAGCGGGAACUCGUUGCAUGAGGUGGCUCAUAUAGCCAAUGGCUCGCACCCGAGGAACUGCAUAUCACUGUUGCGUGUCAAUGCAGCAAGCAACUCCUCCCACAGCGUGGAUCUCCUGCUCCAAGAGAGCAGCACCCACCCCUCCGGUGGCAGCAUCGUGGUGUACGCCGCAAUCGACGUCGACGCCGUGCAGGUGGCGAUGAGCAGCGAGGACCCGUCCUACAUUCCCCUCCUCCCGACCGGGUUCGUCAUCUCGCCCGCCGCCCGCCAACCAAACGCUGGGACCGGUAGCGGCAGCGAUGGUCACGCCACCGUCGGAUGCCUGCUCACGGUCGGCAUGCAGGUGCUCGCCACCGCCGUCCCCUCCGCCAAGCUUAACCUCUCCACCGUCACCGCCAUCAACAACCACCUCUGCAACACCGUGCAACAGGUUAGAGCCGUCAUCGCCGGUGCCGGUGGCACGGCCAUGGCCGAGCCGGCUGCCGUGGCGCCGGAUCAAUAACACGAGGAAGUGACUGGAGUUACCUGAACCCUAAGUACUGAACCAUUAAACCUCGUGAACAUGUCUCUUCAGUGACGAUGACCCCAGUGGUCGUGUUGGCGAAGUAGGAAGGCGGGGUUCAAGGUAAACUCCAAGGAUGGUAGUGGAGUCUGUAGAGUGUCUAGUUCAAGUGGCAGCGUCGUACUGUAACAUGUCAGUGGAAGAAGAGAGGCCAAGGAGACUAGUUAGGUUGAAGGAGGGAAGUCAAGAGCGCACCAGAUGUGACCCUUGCUCGCUGGCGAAGCCCAUCUCACGAGGGGAGGAGGGCGUUGGUUCGGGAAUUGACUUCUUGCUCUGUGGUGGUCAGCUUCCUGUUGGUUUGUGUUUGUGUUUGUGUUUCUGUUGAGUUGCCUCGGAUGGGGGUUUGGUUGGUAGAACUGGAUUGAAUGAUGCAUGCUGUGCUGGAACCAUUAUGGUUAUUUAUGUUGUGUAUUCAUUGC